AAGCACAUAAAGAAAUGAACAGGAUUAUCUCUAUCUCUAUACUCUUUCACUGCCAGUCAGUGGUUGAGUGAACCGACGCAUCUGACUUUCUCUCUCCAUUCUUUUCCAGCUCAUAAUCAUAAUCACUAAACAAAACUCAAAAUUAACUUACAAAAUACUGUCUGCAUUUUUCUCCUGGAUCUGUUAAUUGAAUUCCCAAUUGUGUAAAUCCUUGACAAAAGCAUGGUGUUUUUAAUGCUGCUGCAGCACAGUUCGAGUCCUGUAUCACGCUCCAAUGCUUCCAGUUACUGCAGUUUCAACAUUACAGCAAACUCAGGUUUCGCCUCUCGAGUUCAGCAUUCUUGACAAAAUCCAUAUAAAACUCAGAAAAUAUCGAAAAAGAGGAAAAAAAUUCUGGGAUUCUCAGAAUGUUUCGAGAAGAACUGCGGUACCUGCAGCAAUUUUACGUUCGUAUCCUUCUGGAUUACCUCAUGAAACUCUGCUCUAUCAAUAUAUUUCUUCUUUUCUUCAUCAUCGCCAUGAGUCUCUUUCCUCUGGCUCUUGGUGACUUGAACUCGGAUAAACAAGCCCUUCUAGCAUUUGCCGCCGCCGUGCCACAUGGUAGAAGGCUUGACUGGAAUCCUGCUAUGCCAGUCUGCAAUUCUUGGGUCGGAGUCACUUGUACUCCGGAUGCUAACAAUGUGAUUUAUCUGCGGCUUCCUGGCAUUGGACUUAAGGGUCCAAUUCCAGCUAAUACCCUUGGAAAGUUGGAUGCUCUGAGGACUCUCAGUCUUCGCUCCAAUCUCCUUAGUGGUAAUUUGCCUCCUGAUAUUCUUUCACUUCCUUCUCUCCGUUACCUCUUUGUUCAACGUAAUAAUUUCACCGGUGAUAUUCCAACUAUCUUUUCCCCUCAGCUUACUAUCUUGGACCUGUCAUUCAAUUCAUUUCGGGGAAAAAUUCCCCCAACAAUUCAGAAUUUGACUCAACUUACUGCUUUGAGACUUCAGAACAAUUCUCUUUCUGGAUCAAUCCCCAAUCUAGCUCCGCAGCUCAAACGUUUGAACCUAAGCAACAACCAUCUUAAUGGCUCUAUUCCUUCAUCUCUACAGAAGUUCCCAACUUCUUCGUUCAUUGGAAAUUCCUUAUGCGGGCCACCACUAGAUUCUUGUUCACCUUCUCCUCCGCCUGCUCCUUCUCCGAGUACUUCUCCACCUUCCUCAAACGUCCCUUCGAGGCGAAAUUCUAAGAAAAAACUCGCUUUGGGAGCUAUUAUUGCCAUUGCAGUCGGAGGGGCUGUAGUGCUAUUUCUUAUAGCACUAGUUUUAUUCCUGUGCUACUUUGCGAGAAAGCGAAGAGAUGGCAGUCCAGUGCCAAAAGUUAAGCCUUCUGGUGGUGGGAGUCAAGAGAAACCAAGCGAGGAGUUUGACAGCGGGGUGCAAGAACCCAAGAAGAACAAGUUGGUUUUCUUUGAAGGCUGUUCAUACAACUUCGAUCUUGAGGACUUGUUACGGGCCUCUGCUGAAGUUCUUGGAAAGGGUAGUUUUGGGACAGCAUACAAAGCAGUCUUAGAGGAGUCGACAGCAGUGGUCGUGAAAAGAUUGAAAGAAGUAAUUGUCGGGAAGAAGGACUUCGAACAGCAGAUGGAAAUAAUCGGGAGAGUGGGACAGCAUCCCAAUGUUGUACAUUUACGAGCUUAUUACUACUCUAAGGACGAGAAGCUCUUAGUCUAUGAUUAUUUUUCAAAUGGCAGCUUGGCAACUGUGUUGCACGGAAACAAGACCGCCGGAAGAACACCUCUAGAUUGGGGUACAAGAGUCAAAAUAUCCCUAGGAGCAGCAAGGGGCAUUGCUCAUAUCCAUUCUGUGGGUGGUGCUAAAUUUACUCAUGGAAACAUCAAGUCUUCCAAUGUCCUCUUGAAUCAAGAUUUAGAUGGUUGUGUAUCCGAUCUCGGGUUGGCCCCUCUCAUGAACUCUCCUGCCACUCCAUCUCGACAGGCAGGAUACCGUGCUCCUGAGGUAAUCGAAACUCGGAAACACACUCACAAAUCAGAUGUGUAUAGCUUUGGAGUCGUGCUACUUGAAAUGCUUACAGGAAAACAACCGAUUCAAUCGCCGGGACGAGAUGAUAUUGUAGAUCUCCCGAGGUGGGUUCAGUCAGUUGUCAGGGAAGAAUGGACGUCCGAAGUUUUCGAUGUUGAGUUAAUGAGGUUCCAAAACAUUGAAGAAGAGAUGGUGCAGAUGCUGCAAAUCGCCAUGGCGUGUGUCGCAAAGGUACCGGACAUGCGACCAAACAUUGACGAAGUCAUUAGAAUGAUCGAAGAGGUUCGGCUAUCCGACUCGGAAAAUCGACCAUCUUCGGAAGAGAAUAAAUCCAAGGACUCCAAUGUUUAGACUCCUUGAUUCUUUUCAAACCAUUAUUUACUUAUAUCUACCUUUAUUUUUUAUUUUCUAUUUCCUUCUCAAAUUCUGAAAAAUCAUCUGAUUCAAAACGCUGUUUGAUCAUGCAUGCAUAUGCUUGUAUGGCUAGUGACGGUGUGAAUUUGUCCAGUUGUGUGAGCUUUUUUUAUUUGUUGUUGUAUUUAGUUUUUAA